AUUGGAGAAGUCGCUGAAUUAAAAGUAGCGACUUUGAUUGUAUUCAUUAAAUGGGAGAAGUGAAAAAUGAGGUAGAAGUAAAAAUGGAAUGCGCCGGGAAGGGAAGCCGAAGUCCGUGCGGCGGUCCGGCCACCAGACGCUGCCAUCGCUGCCGCGCUGUUGCGUACUGCUCUGUCGGACACCAGGUUUCGCACUGGAGUGUGCAUAGGGGAGAGUGUUCGAGAUUAGAGCAGCAAAUGAAGCGUGUUGAUGUUUUGAAGGAUUUUCCUUUCACUUUUGGUCAAGAAACUGCGGAAAUUCAGUUUCAGGAGACAAGGUGCUCCUUUUUAAUACGGAAAGGAAUUCAUCGAGUAGGAAUGUGGACGUGGGAAUGUAGCUGUGGUCAAUCAGAUAUUAGUUUUGAUAACUCGAGGUACUUCCAAUUUUCAAUGUUGAUUAAUUGUUGGAAUCUUCCAAGUGAAUUAUGCCCCUGUAAAGAACCUUCCACUUCAUUACAACAAUGUCUAACCACUUGGAAGGACUAUUGUCAAUGGAGGUGCAUCCCUUUCUAUUCCCCUGCUGCUUUACUUCUUCAUUGGCCACUCACGGUAUAUUGGGCUGUUCAACUCUCAAUUCGUGAAAGAUUGCUUCCUCAAGUCGGUGAAAAACUGAGGAUACAUUACCUAGGACCAGAAAAAGAGCUUCUUCAGUUGGCGGUUUUUGGGGAACUGCAAGCACUUUUUCCUGGAGUGAAGGUGCACAUUGACCUCAUUGGACCUGCAAUUCCAAAUCACAGGAAUGGUGAGCAAAUCGAUCUGUGCAGCUAUCCCCAAUGUUGCAAUAUCGAUUGUCAGUGUAAGCAUUCUUUCGAAAAUUGUAGAGAUGGGAAAAUGACUUCCCAGUCGCCGCCAGUCACCUUGCUGCUCCACGCCGGUUGUUAUCAUGAUUUUUACAAACUAGCACAGGACUUUCCUCCACAAAUAAUCAUAGCCCCGAAUGCUGGCGUCGCUGCCUACACCACCUGGUUGCCAACAUUAAAACUAAUAAAAGAGAUCAAAGUUCCGGCAAUCUUUUCUGAUUACUGCGAAGAAGCUUCUCAUCUGGCGACUCGUUGCAUAAGCUCUUGGAUAGGCACUGCGCUGAAGUUCCCGAUUCAGUUGAAUCCUUUCCGGCAACCUUUUCCGAUUGAAGAUUCAGCAUUGUGUCUCCCUUGCUACUCCAAUUGCUUCCUCUUCGGAUUCUGAUUCCCGACAGCUCUUGCAGCCAUGAAAUUGUCGAAUUCCGGUUUCAGCUGCCCGAGAUGUGUCCUAAUUGCCCAAUAUGUGUCCUAAUUGCAAUUAGAUCUAACAAGACAACUAGUUAACAAAUCUUAUAUGAGAUAAUCCCUCCGUCGUUUAACAA